GCGGAGCGUUAACAAACCAUAUGCACACAGAUGAGCAAUAAAGAAAUAGUUUUAAUAUACGACAAAAAAUACUGUAAAUAUGAGCGAAGCAGACAAAAACGAAGACCCAUUCCAAGACCCAAUUGAAAGGAGGAAUUUACGAUUUAAAUAUCGACAAUUGAUCACUGACACUGAACGUAGGUUGAUUUUAAUGUAUUACUUCAAUAUGGCAUAUCGUCCACAUAGUCUGAUUCUGUCUGAACAAAUUUGUUCCAAUUAAACACCAUGAACCUUUAUACUCGGUAACCACAAACUCAUAAAAAAUACGCAUAUAAACACAUUUGUAUAGCUGUAUGGCAUUAUUCAAUGGCCAAUGGGAAGGCAAGGGAGAUAUCGGGGUCCAAAUCCCUAAUCUUCUUGAGAUAAAAUUUACAGCUAGGCCAUCUGCAAAUAGAUUAUGUCCAUGAUUGUGGACUUGUUCCAAACGGUUACCCAGCUGCAACCAGUCAAUGUACGAAGAAAUCAGUUUUGGAUCCUGUUAUUUUGUAAUUACACAAACAGUAUGGGUUGUUUUCUCUUUCCCCCUCCUUCAUUGUGGAACAAGUCAACAAUUGUCGAUCUGUUUCAACUGUAUCCAUACAUACCACAACAGUUUUUAUGCUUGCGCUUCUUUAUAUUUUAUAGUGCUUUAUAGUGCUUCCAAAACAAAGAAAUAUACAUGUUUUGGCAUGAUACAUUUAAGAUGGAAAACAGGCUCUCGUAGUAUGUCCAUACCCAAAUGGGAAACUGAUUCACACAGUACAACUCAAGUUGUAUAAGCAGGUUGCACGCAACAGUUGCAGGCAAAAGUUGUGUAGAUGUAAAUUGGCCUUUGAGGUAUAUAUCACAAAGUUAUAUAGCCUCAUGCAGCCAUCCUACCCUGUAUAAUCUAAACCUCUAACCCAUUAUAUAUAUCAAUAUUUUAUCAGAGAAGCGAGAUGAAUAUGUGCAGCCUGACUCAGAUGGCUUACAUCAAGUCUUAGGGGAAGGAAAUGCGUUGUUUAAGAAAGGUAUUGUAAUAAUGAAGAAUGUGAUGUGAUUUUCAUCAGCCAUUGUUAAGUGUUUAAUGCUAAAAUAUGUUAUCCUUAUUGUGAUAUUCAAGUCCGUAGAACAAGAGAGGCUGCUUUGGAUGCACAGUUUCUUGUCUUGGUGUCAAACCUUGGUUUUGAGCAAGCACAGCAUUUGCAGACUGGUAUUGUCACUUUUGAACCACGGACAUUUGCAGAAAAACUGGUAUGCCAUGUUUCAUUCCAAGGCUUGGAGGGUUAUUUACCCCCCCCCCCCCCCGAACACACACACACAGGAAAAUAUCCAUCCCUGUGUAAUUUUUAACAAUAGAAGUAAUGUCUUGAUAGGGCCAUGUUGGAGUAAAUUCAUAUUACAAUCCCAAAAUGGUAUCACAAGGUGUAAGAUAUAAGCAGCCUCUCCCCCCUAUAUGAAAGCCCUCUGUCUAUAAGCUCAUCAGAAAAUGCUUAUUAUAGUCUGAGGUUUAUAGUUUACCUCUCUUGAUAUUAACUAGAUAACAUUCAUGGGUGGUCGUUGUGUUGAAGAUGAAACAGAUGAAGAAGGUAAUCCCCAGGAUGUGAGGCUUGAAUCUUUGGAUUGGAAAAAAAUUGGAAAGAUUGCUGCAAAUUCAUUCCGAAGGACAGCAGCAGUUGAAUUUAUGUAUGUGUAUCUACUUGUGUGCUAGCUACCACACUAUUUUGUUGGACAAAAUUAAACCACAUCCCACAUUGUUUAGACUAAAGUUAGCCUCUGCCAGGUGGGAUGGGCCAUUUGUUCAAGUGGGUUUCAAAAUUAAGGUCUUAUGAUCUACUGUAAUAAAUAAUGGUAAAUAUCAGGAUAUUUUUGGGCAUAUCACUUGAUCAAACUAAUGCUCAGCUGAGCUACAACAGAGUCCAGUUUUUGAGCUCUAACCACAAGCUAGACUUGAGACAACUGGACUUGGUAGUUCAAUCAAAUGAUAUGCAAUCCUGAUAUUUGCGAGUAUUUAAUACUGUCAGAAGGCCUAUAGUUGCAUUUUUUCCAGCUGCUCCUUGUUAAUUCUAAUGCCCGUAUUCUAAAAGCUCCCUCACACUCAAUGAGUGGAAAUUAAAUCUGAGCUUUUCAUUAGUGUGAAUGCUGUUUUUGAAUAGCUGGAGGGUGAGUAAUCACAAAGUAAGGUACAACACUAACCUUCCAGCUAUUCAAAAACAACAGAUUGAACUUCCACUCUUUGAGUGUGAUUGAGCUUUUAGAAUACGGACGUAAAAUUUACACUUGAAAUUUCCAUUUCAACAUUUAAAUAUUGGUCUGUGUUGGCGUAUUACAUUAGGCAUGGCCCAUUAUCAAUGGAUGCUCCAGUAAGGAAAGAAAAAAAGCCAAGAGAGAAAAAGACUGGAGAGAAACCAGGUGCAGCUGCCAAGGUCACACCUCAACAGGUUUGUCAAGCAGCAUCUUUAUUAUAUCAUGUUUUCCACUCUUAUCUAUAUUCCCAAUUUAAAUUGAUAAUUUGCACUCUACUUACCGGCGGUAUGUCAGUAUUAUGGUCUGGUACUUCUUUGUUCCCAGUCAAGUGUACCACCUAGGUAUGCAGGGCUCUCACUAUUUGCAUACUCUGAAACAUGUGCUGGCUUACCUAAUGGCCUUAGCAAAGUCCACCAGUAUAUCAUUGAAUACUUUGAAUUUUUGACAGCUUGUGAAGGUUGACAAUAACAACGAAGAAGCAACAACAAAGGAGGUUCAGAGAGUGUUUGAAGCCUUGAUGCGAGUCACUGAUCCAGGUAUCUCAGGAAUGGAUUGAAGGCAGCAUGAUUUUAAUUCUAUUGAAAUAAGUCACUUAGAGGCCAAAAAAUAAAAAAAUUGGUUUUAGGUUUCAUAGCUUUGUUUGUAAGGGUACUGUAGGUUGAGGUCAUAGAAAGUUAGAAACAUUUUAUUUUAUUAAUUUUUUUUUAUAAUUUGUAGUUCUGUGUAUGUCAUCCAACAUUUGAGACAAGCACACAUAUAUAUUCUAGUUGUACCACCAGGCUUUGCCCCCCUCCCCCCUGUAAGCUUUGUAGUAGAAUGUGGUUCACUGAUUUCAUGUGUAUUAACAUGAUUUAUUCCAGGUGAUGAUAAAGACCCAAAAGUAGUGUCUUUCUUUGAAUUUGUCACAAACCCCGAUUCUUUUAGCCAAACAGUGGAGAAUAUAUUUCACUUGUCCUUCCUCAUCAAUGUAAGUUUAUAUUUGAGUGUUGGGCCACCAUUACUGGCAGUAAUAUACACCCAACCUCGUACCCAGGAUCUUUCUUUGGGAAAGACCCUGGCUGCGGCUGGUCACGUGCCUCAUCAAAAAUUUAGCGCCUGAGGGGGUGUGGGCAAAGUAUCAAAUUACAUCAACAUGCUUCCAGUGGAAUAUUCGUUAAAAACAUAAAUUUUGCGAAUUAUUACGUUCAAAAUACUUGCUAAUUUUUGUUUAUUUUCUUUGCUUUGAAUUUACAAGAACAUUCUUACAUUCUUACUUACAGUCAAGUCAAGAAACAACGCAAAUCGUUACUCGCAGUACAGUACGUGCUCUCUCGUGUUGCUAUUCAAUGCAUGCUCUCUUCACAAUCGAGCGCGGUUGUAACGAACCUUUUAAUAUGUAAUGUUUUUAAAAUACGCCAUAAAUGAUUACAUUCGUCCUUUCUUGUAAACGUUGAUACGCUUUGUACCGAUUCACUUGUUACUACGCGUCUUGUUUAUAAGAUUUUUAAAAGAAACAGUAUUCUCUAGGACUGACCCAAUAUUAGCAAAUGUAAACAUUUGAUAAUAGCCGAAUAGAGAAAUGUCUAUAAGUACAGAGGAGAUUUCAGUCAUUGGUUUAUCUGGAUUUAGUACAUAAUUCGUAUUCGGUAAUUAUAGUAAGACUUUUUUGGUCUCUAUUAAUCAUUAUAUUGUGUUAACAUACUAUAAUCUAUAUUACAAAUUUACAGUUUCAGAUGCGCACAGACCGUCAUUGGCAUCAUACGAUUGGUACGAAUAGACAUAAAUUUUCGAGUUUUCUAGCCUACUUCUACUAACAUUUUUAAAGUUUUCAUUGUGAAUCACCUGUUUAUCUCUAAUUCAUUAAUCAUUUACUACUUAUAUUUAUUUGAUAGUGUCAUAUACUGAAUAAUGCGUCUACACACAAGCAAUCCUGGAUAUGAUAUAGACGAUGCAAGCUGUCCAUUAAAAAAUAACGGUAUUCUAUUUCACAAAGCAAAAAAAAUUAAAGCUUAUUCAUGUCAAAACGAAAGCUGUUUACAAAAUUUAUAUAGGUGGUGAACACUACUAAACAGUGCUCAUUGAAAGACAUGUAUAAUAUAGUGACAUAUAAUUUGUCGUUUGACUUAUCUUUGGUGUAUGAUUUUAAUACAGUAGAUUUUCAACAGACAGCUAUACUUUGACAUAUACCAUGAUCGUUGGUUUCAGCCAUUAAUUAAAAGGGCCAAUUUUAUAGUGUUUUGACGGGCUUUAAGUUUCUUGAUAAGGCCUUUAUAUAGAUCAACAAUCUGGAUACAGUUGGCGAUAUUUCGGAAAUCAAAAGAUCUCGCUAUUUCGUUGCAAUUCCACAUCUCAUCAAUAAAUAAAUUCUUUUCGUCCGAGUAUCAGGAUAGACUUUAAUACUAAUAAAUAACAACCACACUGUUCGGUCUGGAGAUACAUGUUUUCUUGUAGGUUUAAUAUUGCCACGCUGCACAAGCGGCAAGCCGCCGCAAGCGUGCUUUCUUUGGCAAGUCUAUAGAAAUCUGAUCCAACUUGCUUGAAUUGUAACUCGACACCAGAUUAUAGAGUAGAACGUCGCGAUAUAAAUAUUAAUUUAAGAGUUCUCUUUACGAUUUCUUGUUGCAAAUUUACAGUAAAUUUCAUCACCCAAAGUUGCAAUUUUAAAACGCUACAAACACGCUCCUUUCCCACCCCUCUCACAGUUACAAUUAAAUUUACCUCCCAGAAUCUGGGAGGCACGUGACCAGCCGCAGCCAGGGUCUCUCCCAGAUGACAGAAGGAGAGACCCUGGGAACGAGGUUGAUAUACACCUAGCUCGUCUGUUUCCGUGGUUGUAAAACCUACAAGUACUUGAAAAACAAAUUUUGACGUUUUUGUGCUAGAAUACAGUGUUUCGUUAUUACAUCACGAAUGCUUUCUUGUUGGGAAGACGCAAGGCAAUUCGCUCGCGUGUCGUGAGAAAUGAUUUGUGACGUAAUUAGCAAAAGGAUUAUUUAGCACAGAUGAACUGACUAAUGGCUAUAAUUAAUUUCUGAUAUUUCAACAGAAAGGAAAUGCUGCAAUUGAACUAGAUGAGGACGGAUUACCCGAUGUGUGUGAGUAUACUCCUCAAGUUAUCCUGGAAUUAGCUUGGAAAAAAUGGUUUUCCCAAAAAACUUCAAUUUUCACCAUUUUGGUUUCACUUUUCCCGGGGGGCAAAUGACUGAAUUUCUUGCUCUAGAUACAAUGGGAAUGUAUUUGAUUGUAGAUCCGGCAGAGCCAUUUUCAGAGAAAGAGGAGUAUGGAGACGUGGAUACUUCACGAAAGCAAGUCGUCAUGCCAUUUACCAUGGAGGAUUGGAGGGUAAGAGUUGCUUACAAAAUAUAGAUCUUACAUCCACAUGUAAUAUCUAUUAGUCCCCCCCCCCCUUUGACUAUAAGAAUCGUCUUUUGUUUUUCUCCGGAAAAAGCCACGACUUUCGGUAGAGCGUUGACUGACUCUUACUCACGAUCUCAACUCAUAGGUGACGUUUAAAUAAAGGUUACACAUACAUGUAAAUGAAACAUCGAUUAUAAUAUGUUUGUGAUCAUCAUUGUUUUCAGAAUAUUGUUAGCGCAUUCAAGAUCAAGAAACCGAUGAUUCCAACUCGGCGAACGACCCACGUAGACGCAACGCAAGAAGAGGAUAUGGAAGAAGACUGAAAAUAUUUAUUUGUAAAGUUCAGAAAAUUUGUGGCAGUCAAAGGAAUAUGCAAGUUUCAGGAUCAUGCGCAGUAGUAGUUAAUAUGGUUAUAGAUUCAUGUAUACGCUGUUUAUGUAAUAGGGUUAAGGACUGCAGGCAUGGGCGAAACUAUCGGAGGAAUGUGUGGAUGGAUGGGGGGGGGGGGGGGGGUGUUACAUCCCCAAUCUUCAUAAACAUCAUAUUUUAGGGCAAAUCAAUGUGAUUUCGUUGGGCAAAUGUUUUAGCGCAUGUAACUUCUGCAGUGACUUAACAUGACGUAACAUAACGUUCAAACUUUGUAUUUUUACUUCAUGUUAUUUUCACUGGUUAUUUCCAACUACAACAGUCGCUAAGCUAAAUUUGAAAAACAUCACUACUGCGGAUGAUCCUGAAACUUGCCUAUUGGGAAAACACUUUUUUUAGCUAUUGUAUACCGUAUCGGUAUCCCGGAAAUGGUUUUGACCAGUACCUAAGGGUUGCCUAUGUUGUUGCAAGUGUUUGUUAAAAAUUAAAUGAAGACCAGAAAUGGUUUGUAUAAAGUUAAUAUUAUAAGAGUUAUGUUCGUCUCAAGAACCGAGAACAAUGUUUUAUAUUCGAUGCACAUAAAUGUUGUAAUUAGAUAUGUUUAUAAAUAAUAUUAAAGACAAUCUAUCAUGAAGGCUACGAGUCUAUGACGUAGGUUAUGUCACAUGACUUGGUGACCACAGUUGCGACCAAGAAGAAAUGAAGCUUAUGAAAAUACAACAUACAACAGCGCCUCACUAGCGUGAGUCACGCAUAAACAAGGGUUUCACCCGACAUGCUUGCCACAGGUUUUGACAGUAAAGCAUGUGCUUUACUUACAGUACUUUGCUUUCUCUUUGUGAACUUUAACUUUGGGAUUUUUAUGAAGUUUUUUCUCAAACAAUGCUCGAAGUUCCUGCUCUGUUCUUGAUCUUGGGUCUCCACCAUGUGUUAAGAAUUCAUUGACAACCUGCAAAUGCAAGGCAGAAACGUGCCCCGUUUAGACUACUUGCAGUUCUUGGUACGGCAUGGAUAAAUGUAA